AUGAUGCCGGCGGUCGUGGCCAGAGGCCCGCUGUUCGACUACGAGUGCGCAGCAGAGUGCUUGUCGCAGGAUGGUUGGGACCCGGUCUGCGUGCACAACGGGCGGGACCCCGGGGUGGAGGGCACCCUGUUCCCCAACGAAUGCGCCCUCAAGUGCACGAGCAACACCGAUGCAAGCACCCCGCAUUACACCUACCUGCCAUUUGACGACCAGAUCUGCAGCUCGGCGGUGGGGUGCAGCCUGCUGGGCCAGGCGGUGGACCGGUGCAGGGAGCUGUGGGAGACCCCAGAGGAGGAGAUGAGCGAGUCGCCCAAGCUGUCAGAUGACUGCGGCUGCGAGUGGAUCCCAUCCAAGGCUGCCGGCGGCCCGGCUGGAGCGCCCUCCCCCGCCCCUGGCCCCACGCCUGACGACCUGGUGGCCCCUGCCCCUGAUGCCGAGCGCCGGCGCUGA